GAACGCGCCCGAGGCUGUUUGUUUACAUUCGUCGCGGAGCUGUCAGUGAUGACCUGAGCCGUCUCCUUCUCAAGAUCUCCCGUCGCAGGAAUUCGUGCACACGGGGAGCGAUGUGGGCCAACGACGAAGCCGUCAUCGCCACGAACGACGACGCGAGCUCUUGCAAGAGGUGCGCCGUGGCUCUGGGAUAUUGGCCCGACAGAUUCAUCUCGUACUUCGUCAGGUCGACGGAGCGAAAGGCGCCCGAGAUAAAUCGGGGCUACUUCGCCAGGGCGGUGGCGAUCAAGAUCCUCGUCGAUAAAUUCGUGGAGGUUACUGGUGGGAACUGUCAGAUUGUCAAUAUCGGAGCAGGUUUUGACACCCUGUAUUGGAGGCUGAAUGAAGAAGGAAAGUCUAUAAAAGGCUUCGUAGAGUUGGACUUCCCAGGUGUGACUUCCAGAAAGUGUCAUUACAUUCAACGAACAAAGCCUCUCCUACAGGCUGUAAGCGACGAAGAUUAUGAUGUCAAAUUGAACAGGAACAAUCUUCAUGGUCAUACCUACAAGCUAACCGGAGUUGAUUUGAGGAAUUUGACCGAAGUGGAAGCAAAGAUCAAGGAAUCUGAUUUGGAUUAUUCAAUACCUACCCUGUUUUUGGCAGAAUGUGUUUUGGUGUAUAUGACGAUGCCCAAAUCAUCCCAGUUGCUCAAGUGGAUAGCAGAGAAAUUCAAAUCAGCCUUCUUUGUCAACUAUGAAAUGGUUAAUUUGGACGAUAGGUUUGGCGAAGUUAUGCUAAGCAAUCUGCGCACCAGGGGAUGUGAUUUGGCUGGUGCGGAAGCAUGUCACAGCACAGAAACCCAGCGGAAGAGGUUUCUUGACAUGGGAUGGGCUGGAGCAGAUUCGUGUGACAUGGUCGGAAUCUGGUCACGUUUGCCUCCCGAAGAGGUUGCCCGGGUUGUACAGUUGGAGCUUUUGGAUGAGCAAGAACUGCUACAUCAGCUUUUCCGUCACUAUGCGAUCACCACUGCUUGGACUGACCACCGCUGGUCUGACAUUCAGCUGUAAUGUCUUGCAAAAGUAUAACUUUAAAGAGCUUGGCAUAUAUUAUACAUAAAUAUAUUAUAUACUAUACUAUAAAUAACUGUGAAAAGGAAUAAAAUUAUAUGAACUUGA